AUGAGAGCCCUCUUGGUUGCCAUGACAGGAAUAGGUUUCACACUUGGUGUUGUCUUUGGUUUGCUUCUACAGUUGCCCAUUGACAACACGCUGCCUGCUGAUUCUACAAACCAGCAAGAUAACCGACUACUGAACAUUUCAUCCUUUCGUUCAAGAAGUCUACGCGAGGAGUUGUUGCCAGUACAACAAUUCAAUCAAAAGUUUCUCGUCAAAGAAUUGCCUGUAGUUUCCAAUCAACAUCUCAGUUUUGCUAUACCAAAAGCCGAGACACAUUUGAAAUCUGUAGGAGAGCCCCAACUGGUUGAAAUCAAGCCGGAUUCAUACACUGAAGCCAGUAAUGCUAAUCUGGUACAGCAUGCAGUGCCGCAAGCUCCACAGAAUGUGGCAUCUCCUGCUGGUGCCAACUAUUUAAGUAGACUACCUCAAAUUGUCCACAAUGAAAGUAGGUUUCAUUACAGUCACCAGAACAGCCUAAUAUUCACACGUGAUAUGCCCAAGUUGGAUAUAGGAACCAGUCAUCAUAGCAAUAAUGUAGCUAGCAAUAAACUAAAUACCACUCAAGUAGUCAGCAUAAAGUUAGCUUUGCUAAAAGCUGGCGUUCAUGGGAAAGAAAAAAGAGAGGCGUUUAAAUAUAACAGUAAUUAUUCACAAGAAGAUUCUUCAUACAUUGCUAGUAUAGUUAAUGGAGUUUUGUGGACUCCUCAACUAGAGGAGUCAUGUCCGAAGCCAUUCCUGUCUAAAGCAGCAGAGGCAUGGAGGAAGCAUAUAGACAAGUUGGAUGUUGUGAAAAUGGAACAAGGGUGUGGAAGGAUGCAGAAUAGACUUAUAACUUUCAGAGAUUCAUCGAAGGCUUGUGUAAGGUACCGACUAAACACAGACCAGAUUCAAGGAGAAAUCUAUACCUACUAUCUUUCGCGUUUAUUGAAUAUGUUCAACAUUCCACCUACAAUGUUAGCGCAGGUAAACUCCAUAGCCACAAAAUGGAAAACCGUUCAUCUUAAAAUGUCGCUAGCCCAGUGGGCUGAUUCCAAAUUAGUGGUUUUAACGAAGUAUAUCGACGGACUCUCACCAGCCCACAUUCCAACCGAGUUUCAGGAAAAAAGCAGGAGGCUGGAGCCAACAUUGUCAGAUCUUGGUGCUAAAUCUCAUGCAGAUCUGUGUGAACUGGUUCAAUGGUCAGAUCUCAUUGUGUUGGAUUACCUAACAGCAAACCUGGACCGCGUCAUCAACAACAUGUUUAACCGACAAUGGAAUGACCAGAUGAUGAGCAGUCCAGCUCAUAACCUGGAACGACGACCUGACGGCGGGCUUGUCUUUCUAGAUAACGAGUCCGGGUUGUUUCAUGGUUACCGCCUGUUAGACAAGUAUUCCGAAUUUCACCGAAUGCUAUUGAAAUCCCUGUGCGUGUUUCGAGAAUCGACAGCGGUCGCGGUGAAACGACUCUACAAGUCAUCUAGUAUAGGGAAAGAACUGCAUAGUCUUCUGGCUACCAAUGAAGUCCUUCACAAACAUUUAGCAGCUAUUAGUGACAAAAAUGUGAAAAUUCUUCAGCAACGACUAAAUGACGUGUUUCAACAAAUAUCACAGUGCGAGCGACUCUACAACAGAUAG